GUUCUUACAUGAUAGUGCAUGUCACAUAAUUUUUUCACCGCUACAACGACCAAACCAUGGACUGAGAAAACCGUGUUUCAUAUAUCUAGCACUAGAGUUAUUUUCUUCUCAGUUAGUACCGAAGAUGCCAAAUGGCGUGAUGGUGCAAUAUGGAGGGAUGUAGACAUUGCAAAUUGCAGGUAGCGUCUGUAGCGCUAGGUUCCUUAUUUCCUCGAACUGGGGCAGUUGUUGAGGCUGGACAGAGCCCUGGGCCUGUGGGUUUUGCUGAGAUGGCCGGAAGGAGCCCUGGCCUAAUGGAUAUUGUUGCUGAGGCUGUUGGAAGGAGACCUGGCUCGAUGGUUGUUGUUGUUGUUGUUGCUGCUGCUGCUGCUGCUGUGAAAUUGGUUGUUGUGGUUGCGAAUACUGUGGUUGCGGUUGUGGAUAUGGUUGUUGUGGUCGAAAUGGUUGUGGCUGCGAAUAUGGUAGUUGCGGCUGCGGAAAUGGUUGCAGCUGCAGAUAUGGUUGUUGUGAUGGAAAUGGUUGCGGCUGUGGAUAUGGUUGUUGUGGUGGAAAUGGUUGUUGCUGCCCUAGAAAUUGUUGUUGUUGUACCAAUGGAACUUGCUCUUGUGGAUGUUGCUGAGAUGGAUUUUAUGGCUGCAAUUGUGGCACUGGAACUCUAACUGCAAUUGUGGCGGUGGUCGCCACGAUAGCAAGGAGGGCAAGGAUGAGAAAGGUCUUCAUGGUGGAUUUGUAUUGACCACAACUUGCUUGGCUUAAAUGAUGCGCUCUACUUAUGAGAAUGAUGGAUGAGGAAG